CAGCUCGAAACCCUCGCAUAUCCCUCGCUUUUCUCUGUUUCGUUCAAAACCAUGGAUUGUGGCUUACAGAGAUCCGAACCCAUUUUCCUCCUCCUUCAGCUCCUCUCCUACCCGAAACCAUUGAGGAAGGUUAAAUCCAGCGUAAAACCUGCUCUAAAUCCGUUAACACGCAGGGCAUAUGAAUCAAGCCAACCACAGUUUUUAGCUGGAAACAUUGUGCUCAUGGGUGAUAAUAUGCAUAUGGAAGUUCAAGAGGACGAAGAAGAGGAUGACCUGGACUUCAAUCCACUUUUGAGAGGAGAAACACUUUCAGAAGCCUCUUCUAGUUUGAGUUCUGAAGAUGAAGCUGUAUCAGUAUACAGACAGAGCCGCUUGGAACAUGGUCCUCUGAAGAGUCGUUCAAGUGUAGAGCCUCUUUUUUCCCUACCGAUGGCAGUCUCUCUAGAUAAUGCAGGCAGCAAUUUUGUAGGAGGAUCCGUACCAGUUUAGUGUCAACUCCGAUCUGGUCAACAACUACCUAAGCAAUCGCUAGCUGCUACACUUGUGGAAAGUAACAUGAAGCAUUCAGUCGCUCUCGUUCCUGCUGGCGAAGUUGGAGCAGAGGUUUCUGCAUUUGUUUAGUGCAGCACUUUUUCCUCAUAAGCCUCCAACACCAGCUGUUGCAAAUCGCGUUGUUUUUACGGAUGCCGAAGAUUGGUGGGUAUUUUUGACUCACUGGCAUGUAGUUAUUGGGCCUAGUUAUGUAUUUACUUCUUUUUAUAAUAUGCCUGCUGCUGUAUGCAAAACAGAUUCAUGUCAUGCCGCUUUACUAAUUGAUGCCUAAUUCUAUUUA